GAGCCCAUACCUCACACCCCCCUACCCUUCAUUGCCCUCCUCCUCAAACACAUUGUUCUGCGGCUGCCGGCGAGAAACCGGUUCCCUCCCGCAGCUACUGGCCAGCCAUCAGAGCCGCUGACAGCCAGAUAGACUAACACUGUCAGACAAAAUCACUGACAGGUAAACUGUCUCUCCGAAACGCGUCCACCCGCGGUGUCUCACCGGCGGAGCAUCUCUUUGUGCGCGUCCAACUGUUCACGUAGGUGGAGACAAAGACAGCGGACAGGCUGGCGAACCGACACGCGGACACGGAGACGCUAUGAGCGAAGGCACGCGCCAUGGGAGCGGAGGACACGCGCUCAGGUAACGCUGUGCUAAGGUGUGGCAGCUGGUGAUUGGUGGUUAUCAUGGUGCCCAGGCCAUCAUCAGGGGAGCUAUGGGGGCUCCAUCUGAUGCCCCCUCGGAUUCUAGUGGACUGCUGCCUCCCCAAUGGUAUGAUGGUGAGCCUGGAGUGCCUCAGAGAAACUCCCCUCAUCAACAUAAAACAGCAGCUCUUCAUUGAGGCCAGGAAGUACCCUCUCUACCACCUGCUGCAGGAGGAGUCAUGCUACAUCUUUGUGGGGGUGACCCAGGAGGCUGAAAGGGAGGAGUUUUAUGAUGAGACGCGGAGGUUGUGUGACCUACGACUGUUUCACCCCAUCCUGAAGGUCAUUGAGCCGUUGGGGAAUCGUGAGGAGAAGAUCCUGAACCGAGAGAUAGGCUUUGCCAUUGGGAUGCCAGUCUGUGAAUUUGAGAUGAUGAAGGACCCAGAGGUUCAGGACUUCCGUCGCUCUAUACUGAGUGUGUGCAGAGAGGCAAUGGAGGAGAGAGAAGGGGGCGGGGCUCACACCCAGGCACUCUAUGUUUACCCGCCCAAUGUGGAGUCCAGUCCUCAUCUGCCACAACACAUCUAUAGCAAGCUGGACAAAGGACGGCUCAUAGUGACCAUCUGGGUGAUUAUGUCUCCAUCAAACUCUAAGCAGAAAUACACUUUAAAGGUGAGCCACGACAGUUUGCCUGAGCAGCUAAUUGCAGAGUCCAUCAGAAAGAAGAGUCGCUCGAUGCACCUUUCCCCUCAGCAGCUCCGACUCUGUGUGCAGGAGUACCAGGGCCAGUACAUCCUUAAGGUGUGUGGCUGUGAUGAGUACUUGCUGGAGAAUUUCCCCCUCAGUCAAUACAAGUACAUCCGCUCUUGUAUCAUCGUUGGACGUCUUCCUCACCUAAUGCUUGUGUCCAAAGACAGUCUCUACUCUCAGCUUCCAGCCUCAGGCUUCGUCACUCCGUCCUACAGCCGGAGGACACCCCAGCCGUCUCCCUGUCCAGGAGGUGGUGAUGGAUCUCCUCCUCGCUCCCUCUGGGCCUUUAACACUCUGCUCAGGGUCCGAUUGCUCUGCGCCACCUACGUCAACGUCAAUAUCCGGGACAUUGACAAGAUCUAUGUGAGGACGGGUAUCUAUCAUGGAGGAGAGCCGCUGUGUGAAAAUGUGAACACCCAGAGAGUUCCCUGCUCCAACCCCAGGUGGAACGAAUGGCUGACCUAUGACAUUUACCUGGCGGAUCUUCCUCGCUCAGCAAGACUCUGUCUGUCCAUCUGCUCUGUGAAGGGAAGGAAAGGAGCCAAGGAGGAGCACUGCCCCCUGGCCUGGGGUAAUGUCAGCCUGUUUGACUACAUGGAUAUACUUGUCUCUGGGAAGAUGGCUCUGAGUCUUUGGCCCGUUCCUCAUGGCCUUGAAGACCUGCUCAACCCUAUUGGAGUGGCUGGCUCAAACCCCAACAAGGAGACCCCGUGUGUGGAGCUGGAGUUCUCACGAUUCAACCAGACAGUCGUGUUUCCUGAUGAGCAGCAGAUUGAAGAACAUGCUAACUGGACCAUCAGCAGAGAGCUAGGCUACAACUACUGCCAUGGACUGAGUAGCCGCCUGGCCUGCGACAGCAGUGUUUCAGCCACUGAUGCAGAGCAGCUUCGCUCUCUUUGCUCCAGAGAUCCUCUGUAUGAGCUUUCCGAGCAGGAGAAGGACUUCCUCUGGAGACACAGACAUUAUUGUUUAAACAUCCCAGAGUCUCUGCCUAAGCUGCUUCUGUCAGUCAAAUGGAACUCCAGAGACGAAGUGUCGCAGAUGUACUGUUUACUGAAAGAAUGGCCUCUGAUGGAGCCUGAGUCAGCUCUGGAGCUGCUGGACUGUAACUUUCCUGAUCCGAUAGUGAGAGAGUUUGCUCUGCGCUGUCUGGUGCAGGGCUUGACGGAUGACAAGUUGUCCCAGUAUCUGCUGCAGCUUGUACAGGUAUUAAAAUAUGAGAUGUACUUGGACAAUCCUCUGGCUCGAUUCCUCAUCAAGAAAGCUCUAACCAAUCAGAGGAUAGGACACUUCUUCUUCUGGCACCUGAAGUCAGAAAUACACAACAAGACAGUUUCCAGAAGGUUUGGCCUGCUGCUGGAGGCUUUCUGCAGAGCCUGUGGCAUGUACCUGAAACACUUGAACAGACAGGUGGAGGCCAUGGAUAAACUGGUGAAUCUGACUGAUACACUGAAGCAGGAGAAGAAGGAUGAAACUCAGAAGACUCAGAUGAAGUUCCUGGUUGAACACAUGUCACGUCCAGACUACAUGGAGUCUCUGCAGGGAUUCGUCUCUCCACUAAACCCAGUUCACCAGCUGGGAAACCUCAGGCUGGAGGAAUGCAGGAUCAUGUCCUCAGCAAAGCGUCCCCUAUGGCUGAACUGGGAGAACCCUGACAUAAUGUCCGAGCUACUCUUCACCAACAAUGAGAUCAUCUUCAAGAACGGAGAUGAUCUGCGUCAAGACAUGCUGACGCUGCAGAUCAUCAAGAUCAUGGAGAACAUCUGGCAGAACCAAGGCCUGGACCUGCGAAUGCUGCCAUAUGGCUGCCUUUCUAUCGGUGACCGUGUCGGUCUUAUUGAGGUGGUGAAGAACAGCUACACUAUCAUGCAAAUUCAGUGCAAAGGAGGCUUGAAGGGGGCACUGCAGUUCAAUUCCAACACGCUUCACCACUGGAUCAAAGACAAGAACCAUGGAGAGGCGUAUGAUCGUGCCAUUGACCUUUUCACCAGGUCCUGUGCAGGUUACUGCGUUGCCACAUUUAUCUUGGGAAUUGGAGACCGACACAACUCCAACAUCAUGGUGAAGGAGAAUGGACAGUUAUUCCAUAUCGACUUUGGCCACUUCCUGGACCACAAGAAGAAGAAGUUUGGCUACAAGAGGGAGCGUGUGCCUUUCGUGCUGACUCAGGACUUCCUUAUUGUCAUCAGCAAAGGCAUUCAGGAGUCAACUAAGACAAAGGAGUUUGAGAGGUUCCAGGAGAUGUGCUACAAAGCUUACCUGGCCAUCCGACAGCACGCUAGCCUCUUCAUCAACCUCUUUUCCCUCAUGCUGGGCUGUGGCAUGCCUGAACUGCAGAGCUUUGAUGAUAUCGCCUACCUUAGGAAGACCCUUGCAUUAGAAAAGAGCCAGCAGGAGGCGCUGGAGUACUUCACAAAACAGAUGAAUGAUGCUCAUCAUGGAGGAUGGAGCACCAAGAUGGACUGGAUCUUCCACACCAUCAGACACAUGCCCAACGAACACUGACACACAAACACUACAGAUACUGACACAAGUAAGCACACGCAUAUACAUCACAACACCUGACACACAAACCCAUACACAACAGCGCACACUACACAAAUGACAUGUGCUUCAGACACAUAUACAUCAAACAGUGAUAUAAAUCACGUAAAAAUCCAAAUAUGCAACCCAUCAGACACAGGUAGCAAACGCACACAUGUUUAUUCAAACACACGCCCACACACACACACACACACACACACACACACACACAUCUAAAGCACAAAUUGUGCUUGUUUUCUGCACUAAUCAGGUGAGGGUAAUGAUGGCGAUGAUGGAUUUGUUUAAGACGGCCUUUUCCAUCACCUCACCAUGUUGGGGGGGAUAAUGGUCAUAGAAACACUAGUCUCUCAGGUGCAGAGGUCGGAGACGUUGCUGAAAGUGCCAAAGGCAUGCGGGGAAAAGAAAGUAAUGAUGAUGAUGUCAACAUGUCUUCAAUAUGAUGCAACAAGUCAGCCAGCUGGCUCUACUAGCUGCAAACUGAGUCAAACUCUUUUAGUGUAGCAAACAUUUAAAUAGAAUUUUAUGAACCAACUGCAGCUUUAUUGAUACCUGGGAGGUGAACACUGUGGUCACUGUGAAAGCAAUAAACAAAAACCUCUGAUAACAAAUCAGUGCUUUGAUAAUGACAAUCAAGGAGUUCUGACAGAGGAGAAGGCAGAGCUGAGUCCUGCGCUGUGAAGCAGCUUCAACCUACACAGAUUAUUUACAACAUUUGGCUAAGCUAAAUCAGAUCACAUUGAGUUGUAUUAUGAAGCUGGUUCCCAUUUUGCCAAAUAAGCAAAGGCUUUCUGACUAAGGUUAUUUGAGUAAAAAACAGGGAGAGCUGGAACCAGAGGACCAGUCACAUCCAUGAAGGAAAGCUUGCUAAAAAAAAAACAACAACGAAUGUUUGUACUAAUGAAUAAGGAGCCUGUUCUGCCGGCAUUAACGCUGAUUACUCUGUUCCAUAAAUAUGCUGAAGGUGCCGGUUACUGCUGAGACAUGAAAGAGUCUCAGGUGCAGUCUGACUAUUUUAAAUGCUUUUCAGGCUAAUAAUGAAAGGGAGAAUAAUGUGAAUCAGUCCACAAGUUGAUUGUUCACAAAAUAAUUUUGUCACCCUCAGUCUUCGUCUUUUGUUUUCUUUUUUGAUGAUACAAUUAAAUCCAUACGUCUCUCUUUCCUCUUCUUUUCAAAGCCAAGUUUAUUAUAGCCGUCCAUUUGUUUGCCAAGGUGCUUUUUAAACUGGAUUUUUGACAUUAUAAUGUUAAUGUCAGACCACGUGCACACUUUCAGUCUUCCUCUCCGGUGCGAUUAUUUCCUAUAAGCAGCUCACCAAAAUAAAACCCCCUCUAUGGAUGACUCACAUACAAAUGUUGAGUUUAACAAUAUGUCAGAGAAAGGAUUACAAAUUUCAGCUCUGAGGCUCUUACAACUAAACAAUGGGGAUGACGUCCAAAAGAAGAACAGCCCCGAAUCAUGGUCACAUGUCCUUUUUCUAAACAUAGACACGCCCCUAAAAGGGGACAGUCUACUCACCUGACAUCUGAAGAAAGAAUGUGACGUCACAGAGAUGCAAUCUGUUUCAUGGCAUGUUACUCUAUGAGUGUCUUGAGCUGACUAAGUGUAAGCAUGCAUCUAAAUCACAGGGAGAGUUGUUCCAAUAGGAACUCCACAGCCAAUAUCUAAUUAGACUAGCUUUAACUUUUAGUAAAGGUUACCCAAUUUAAACAAACCGUAACAAUAAGCAUUAUAAGAGUCUGAGUCGGCUUAAAGGCAGCUCAACAUUUUGCAUAUUACCUCAACUUGUAAGUCAAAAGUCAAUGCAUGCUAAAACAAAUCCCUAGGAAAUAUCAGUCUGCAAAGGCAGAACAAAGUUGUACCCGUCUGCUCUGUGAUGCUCGCAAAAACACAAGCUUGAAUCAGUUAUGCAACCAUGUGACUGUGUGACAAGAAAAGAAUGUUGUUGAGUUUGUUACUUUAGCCUGCAAACAUAAGUGUUACAAAAUACUUAUUACAAACAGUCUGACUGCACACCGCUACCUGGCUCUAAAGUGUUUUAAAUGACCAGGGAUUCAUUCACUUCCGGAAUUGUAAUUAUUUCUUAAGAUCAAAAAAGUGAAUAAUUAGGAUAGAAGGAAGAGCAUUAACGGGUAAACAAACAUUGCUUUAAAAUUAGUUGAUCUUUACUCUUGUAAGCUAAUCUGCCAUGGAGUAUGUCAUACUUCCAGUAUUGGUUACUAUGGUGAUAAAACCCAGGAAAGAGGAACCAGCUUCCUGAUAUCAAAAUCCCAGGACUAAACCUUAACUAACUUUGCAAAUCCACUAACCCUGCUUCAUGGAGCAGGGCUCAGAUCCGCUGUGGGCAGAGUCAAAGAGGAGUUUGUGAAAAUUUCAUAUAUCAUAUUUAUUGUUAACUUUCAGUUAAAAUAACUGCUGCUUGAAGAAGAAUCAAUACAUCGUGCAUCAUUUCUUGUUGAGAUAUAUCUUUUCAGUCUCUUGGUAUGUGCAUUUGUUUAGAUAAUUUAUGAAAUGUAAGUUAAUGUGUGCAACAGUUUUGGUUAAAUAUUUGAAAAUGUACUCCCUUAUGUUAAAA